ACGCCGAACGCGCCAACCACCGCGCCGCGACACCAGCCGACGCCCCAAAAACGCACAUAUGGACCUGCCUGUCUGCCUCGUCACGGGCGUCUCGGGCUUCGUUGCGGGCCACGUCGCACUCGCGUUACUGGAAACGAAGCGCUUCCGCGUGCGCGGCACGGUGCGCGACCCGAACAACGCCGCCGCCGUCGCGCACCUCGCCGCGCACGCGACGCUCAAAGGCGUCGAGCUCGUCGAGGCGGACCUGCUGAGCGACGCCGGGUGGGAGGCGGCGCUGGAGGGGUGCGCCUACUGCUGCCACUGCGCGAGCCCGUUCCCCAUCGGCGAGGUCGAAGCCGGGUCGCUCGUGGCGCCCGCGGUCGAGGGCACGGAGCGCGUCCUGCGGUUCGCCAAACAGGCGGGCGUGCAGCGCGUCGUCGUGACGUCGUCCGUCGUCGCGAUCAGCUCCGGCCGGGACCCGAAGGACACCGCGCCGCGCAUCUUCACGGAGGCCGACGUCUCGAACGUCGACUCGUGCGACGAAUACGCGAAAAGCAAGACGCUCGCGGAGCAAGCGGCCUGGAGGCUGAGCGAGGAGCUCGGCCUCGACGUCGCGACCGUCAACCCGAGCUACGUCAUCGGCCCGCUCCUCUCGUCCCGCGACUGCUCGUCGGCGAUGCUCGUCAAGCGCCUCCUCUCGGGCGACAUGCCGGCGGUGCCGCGCGUGUGGGUCCCCAGCGUCGACGUCCGCGACGUCGCCAAGGCCCACGUCCGCGCGAUGGAGGCGCCCGAGGCCAAGGGCCAGCGCUACCUCCUGGACAGCGGCGCGCCGCUCUGGAUGACUGAGGUCGCCGCGAUGCUCCGCGCCGAAUACGGGCCCCUGGGCUUCAAGGUCCCGCGAUUCGUCGCGCCCUACCUCCUCAUCGCGCUCUUCGCCCUCUGGGACAAGGGCGCCGCGGCCGUGAAGUCCUCCAUCGGCCGCAAGGUCACGUCCUACGACCCGUCCAAGGCGCGCGCGCUCCUCGGCGGCGAGCUCAUCGGCCCCGAGCGCAGCUACCCGGACAUGGCCCGGUCGCUCAUCGACCUCGGCGUCGUCAAGGGGCCGCGGGGGAAGAAGCGCGGGUGAGUAAUGGUCGUGGUCCU